GGGGAAGUUACGGGGUGGCUCCUGGGAAGACUGUGGGGCUGAGAGCCCUCUGGGAGCCUGGUUAGUAGGAUGAGGUGCAGAGGGGGAGCGCGGUGAGAAAAAGCGUGGGAGAAGCGCGAGGAAAGGGGAAGACCCCCCUAACAAUGAAGCGUGGGCUCCUUGAUUGGCUGGGCGACCCUCUGGCGGAGGAGCUAGGGCGAGCGAAUCGACAAAAGCGCCCCAGCUGUGUGAAGUCACUUUUGCUAGACUCCUUCGCUUGGGACCAGUAAAGUUUGUUCCUUUAACCGAACCAGGGGGUUUGGGUUAGGGGAAGUCGCUGGAAGCUUUCCUUAGUACCAGAGUGUCUCUGAGCGGAGGCUGAGGAACGUAUGUCUUUAUUUUAUAUCUUCCCAUUCUGUCCUCAAAAAGCAUAGUUGGAGGGGACAAGUCCUGCGAUGUCUGUCUUUUCCUUUCGCGGUCUUCUAGGGACUCCUCCCCCCUCAUUCUUUGCCCGUUCUCUGGCUUCCUCAUUCCUUUCUUCCUGAUGCAAACUGUGUUGUCUCGGAUUCAGACCGAGGAAAUGUUUUCCUCCUGUUUCUUGAAAGGUGUCAGGCUUCUUAGCAGCUUCUCCAGGCAGCCUGGGAGCGUCUGAGUCGCAGCCACCAACCAUAUGGUUCCUGUUACAAAGGCCAGGUUCUAAGGCACUCUUCCCCCACCCUGCCCCCAAUUCUCAUUUUCUUAUGCAUUCUUUACAGUAUGUGUACUCCUCUCUUCCCCUUUCCAGAGGCGUAGAUUUAACGGACAUAGUUGGUUCAUUCAGAUCCCUGUCAAUGUUUGUGCCUGGAACGGGCCCCACGGAGCUUGCUCUUUGCUCAGCUGGAGUUGCACAACGAUGAAAAUCACAUCCGUUUGAUAUGAGGAUCAAUGAUGCAGACUGCUGGGUUCGAUGAAGCUGGGCAUUUAUAACUAGAUUCAUUAAGGAAUACAAAGAAAAUAUUUAAAGGGAUCAAUAAUGGUGUCUUCUGGUUGCAGAAUGCGAAGUCUGUGGUUUAUCAUUAUAAUCAGCUUCUUAUCGAAUACAGAAGAAAGAAGCCAGCAGAGAGACAUGGGGACUUCAUACUACCAAGAAAGCAGUGCCCGGAGCAGAGCAUGUCCUUUGGACCCAGAGGGUCCCUGUGCUGAGAAGCUCCUAGUCCAGGGGAAGAUUGAUGACAAGGACCUUCCUCCAGAGCCUACAGAGAGACAAAGCCUUCCUCUGGAACUGAUGCCCUGAAUUUGGACUUCUAGCCUCCUAGAUUGUGAGAGAAUAAACUUCUGUUUGUUGAAGCCAUCCAGUUGUGGUUUCAGCAGAGCAGCUUUACCAUUUGGGUUAGUGAGGCGAGAACUUUCCUGUGAAGGUUAUUCUAUAGACCUGCGAUGUCCAGGAAGUGAUGUGAUCAUGAUUGAGAGCGCUAACUACGGUCGGACAGAUGACAAGAUUUGUGAUGCUGACCCAUUUCAGAUGGAGAAUACAGACUGCUACCUCCCAGAUGCCUUUAAAAUUAUGACACAAAGGUGCAACAAUCGAACACAGUGUAUAGUAGUUACUGGGUCAGAAGUAUUUCCUGAUCCAUGUCCUGGAACAUACAAAUACCUUGAAGUCCAAUAUGAAUGUGUCCCUUAUAUUUUUGUGUGUCCUGGGACUUUGAAAGCAAUUGUGGACUCGCCAUGUAUAUACGAAGCUGAACAAAAGGCAGGUGCUUGGUGCAAGGACCCUCUUCAGGCUGCAGAUAAAAUUUAUUUCAUGCCCUGGACUCCCUACCGUACUGAUACUUUGAUAGAAUAUGCUUCUUUAGAAGAUUUCCAAAACAGUCGCCAAACAACAACAUAUAAACUUCCAAAUCGGGUAGAUGGUACUGGAUUUGUGGUGUACGAUGGUGCUGUCUUCUUCAACAAAGAACGAACAAGAAAUAUUGUGAAAUUUGAUUUGAGGACUAGAAUUAAGAGUGGUGAGGCCAUAAUUAACUAUGCCAACUACCAUGAUACCUCACCAUAUAGAUGGGGAGGAAAGACUGAUAUCGACCUAGCAGUUGAUGAAAAUGGCUUAUGGGUCAUAUAUGCCACUGAGCAGAACAAUGGAAUGAUAGUUAUUAGCCAACUGAAUCCAUACACUCUUCGAUUUGAAGCAACGUGGGAGACUGUAUAUGACAAACGUGCCGCAUCAAAUGCUUUUAUGAUAUGUGGAGUCCUCUAUGUAGUCAGGUCGGUUUACCAAGACAAUGAAAGUGAAACCGGCAAGAACGCAAUUGAUUACAUCUACAACACCCGAUUAAACCGAGGAGAAUAUGUAGAUGUUCCCUUCCCCAACCAGUACCAGUACAUUGCUGCAGUGGAUUACAACCCAAGAGAUAAUCAGCUCUAUGUGUGGAACAAUAACUUCAUUUUACGAUAUUCUCUGGAGUUCGGUCCACCUGAUCCUGCCCAAGUGCCUACCACAGCUGUGACAAUAACUUCUUCAGCUGAGCUGUUCAAAACCACAGUAUCAACCACAAGCACUACUUCACAGAAAGGCCCCAUGAGCACAACUGUAGCUGGAUCCCAGGAAGGAAGCAAAGGGACAAAACCUCCUCCAGCAGUUUCUACAACCAAAAUUCCUCCUGUAACAAAUAUUUUUCCCCUGCCAGAGAGAUUCUGCGAAGCAUUAGAAGCGAGGGGGAUAUGGUGGCCUCAGACACAAAGGGGAAUGAUGGUUGAACGACCCUGUCCCAAGGGAACAAGAGGAACUGCCUCGUAUCUCUGCAUGGUUUCCACUGGAACAUGGAACCCUAAGGGCCCCGAUCUUAGCAACUGCACCUCACACUGGGUAAAUCAGCUGGCUCAGAAGAUCAGAAGUGGAGAAAAUGCUGCUAGUCUUGCCAAUGAACUGGCUAAACAUACCAAAGGGCCAGUGUUUGCUGGGGAUGUAAGUUCUUCAGUGAGACUGAUGGAGCAGUUGGUGGACAUUCUUGACGCACAGCUUCAGGAACUGAAACCUAGUGAAAAAGACUCAGCUGGAAGGAGUUAUAACAAGCUCCAAAAACGAGAGAAGACAUGCAGGGCUUACCUUAAGGCAAUUGUUGACACAGUGGACAACCUUCUGAGACCUGAAGCUUUGGAAUCAUGGAAACAUAUGAAUUCUUCUGAACAAGCACAUACUGCAACAAUGUUACUCGAUACAUUGGAAGAAGGAGCUUUUGUCCUGGCUGACAAUCUUUUAGAACCAACAAGGGUUUCGAUGCCCACAGAAAAUAUUGUUCUAGAAGUUGCAGUGCUCAGCACAGAAGGACAAGUCCAAGACUUUAAAUUUCCUCUGGGCAUCAAAGGAUCAGGCAGUUCGAUUCAACUCUCUGCAAAUACUGUGAAACAGAACAGCAGGAAUGGGCUUGCAAAAUUGGUGUUCAUCAUUUACCGGAGUCUGGGACAGUUCCUUAGUACAGAAAAUGCAACCAUAAAACUGGGUGGUGACUUUAUUGGUCGUAAUAGUACUAUUGCGGUGAAUUCCCACGUCAUUUCAGUUUCAAUCAAUAAAGAGUCCAGCCGAGUAUACUUGACUGAUCCUGUGCUUUUUACUCUACCACACAUUGAUCCUGAUAAUUAUUUCAAUGCAAACUGCUCCUUCUGGAACUACUCAGAGAGAACUAUGAUGGGAUAUUGGUCUACCCAGGGCUGCAAGCUGGUUGACACUAAUAAAACUCGUACAACGUGUGCGUGCAGCCACCUAACCAAUUUCGCAAUUCUCAUGGCCCGCAGGGAAAUUGCAUACAAAGAUGGAGUUCAUGAAUUACUUCUUACAGUUAUCACCUGGGUGGGAAUUGUCAUUUCCCUUGUUUGCCUGGCUAUCUGCAUCUUCACCUUUUGCUUUUUCCGUGGUCUACAGAGUGACCGUAACACUAUUCACAAGAACCUCUGUAUCAACCUUUUCAUUGCUGAAUUUAUUUUCUUAAUAGGCAUUGAUAAAACAAAAUACAUGAUUGCAUGCCCAAUAUUUGCGGGACUUUUACACUUUUUCUUUUUGGCGGCUUUUGCUUGGAUGUGCCUAGAAGGUGUGCAGCUGUACCUAAUGUUAGUUGAAGUUUUUGAAAGUGAAUAUUCAAGGAAGAAAUACUACUAUGUUGCUGGUUACUUGUUUCCUGCCACCGUGGUUGGAGUUUCAGCUGCUAUUGACUAUAAGAGCUAUGGAACAGAAAAAGCUUGCUGGCUUCAUGUUGAUAAUUAUUUUAUAUGGAGUUUUAUUGGACCCGUUACUUUCAUUAUUCUGCUUAAUAUUAUCUUCCUGGUGAUCACAUUGUGCAAAAUGGUGAAACACUCAAACACUUUGAAACCAGAUUCUAGCAGGUUGGAAAACAUUAAGUCUUGGGUGCUUGGUGCUUUUGCUCUUCUGUGUCUUCUUGGCUUGACCUGGUCAUUUGGGUUGCUUUUUAUUAAUGAGGAGACUAUCGUGAUGGCUUAUCUCUUCACCAUCUUCAACGCCUUCCAGGGAGUGUUCAUUUUCAUAUUUCACUGUGCUCUCCAAAAGAAAGUACGAAAAGAGUAUGGGAAGUGCUUCAGACACUCAUAUUGCUGUGGCGGCCUCCCAACCGAGAGCCCCCACAGCUCAGUGAAGGCAUCUACCACCAGGACCAGUGCUCGGUACUCCUCUGGCACACAGAGUCGUAUAAGAAGGAUGUGGAAUGACACUGUGAGAAAACAGUCUGAAUCUUCUUUUAUCUCAGGUGACAUCAAUAGUACUUCGACACUUAAUCAAGGACAUUCACUGAACAAUGCCAGGGAUACAAGUGCCAUGGAUACUCUACCGCUAAAUGGUAAUUUUAACAACAGCUACUCACUGCGGAAGGGAGACUAUAAUGACAGCGUGCAAGUCGUGGACUGUGGACUAAGUCUGAAUGAUACUGCUUUUGAGAAAAUGAUCAUUUCGGAAUUAGUGCACAACAACCUGCGGGGCGGCAGCAAGACUCACAACCUCGAGCUCACGCUACCGGUCAAACCUAUGAUUGGAGGGAGCAGCAGUGAAGAUGAUGCUAUCGUGGCAGAUGCUUCAUCUUUAAUGCACGGAGACAACCCAGGGCUGGAGCUCCAUCAGAAAGAACUCGAGGCACCGCUCAUUCCUCAACGGACUCACUCCCUUCUGUACCAGCCCCAGAAGAAAGUGAAGCCUGAGGGAACUGACAGCUAUGUCUCCCAGCUGACAGCCGAGGCCGAGGACCACCUCCAGUCCCCCAACAGAGACUCUCUUUAUACAAGCAUGCCCAAUCUUAGAGACUCUCCCUACCAGGAGAGCAGCCCUGAUGUGGAAGAAGACCUGUCUCCCUCCAGGAGGAGUGAGAAUGAGGACAUUUACUAUAAAAGCAUGCCAAAUCUUGGAGCUGGCCAUCAGCUUCAGGUAUGCUACCAGAUCAGCAGAGGCAAUAGUGAUGGCUAUAUAAUCCCCAUUAACAAAGAAGGGUGUAUUCCAGAAGGAGAUGUUAGGGAAGGACAAAUGCAGCUGGUCACAAGUCUUUAAUAGUGCAGCUAAGGAAUUCAGGGCCACAUGCAAGUAUUAAGAAGUAAAUAAAGACUCCAACGGCCCCAUGCAACUCCCUCAAACUCUGCUUGAAGAGACGGCUCUGUUGACCUGUGGUUCUCCAGUGUAAAAAAAGAAAAGAUGACUGAACCUUGCAGUUCUGUGAAUUUUUAUAAAACAUAUAAAAACUUUAUAUAUACACAGAGUAUACUAAAAUGAAUUAUUUGUUACAAAGAAAAGAAAUGCCAACCAGGUAUUUUAAGAUUCUGC